GGGGGAGGAGACUGCGGCGGGGCAGCGGCGGGUAGGAUCCCCUGUGGCAGAGGGGAGCCGCCGCGGGCAGCCAAGCAGAGGACGUGCGAGUCGAGAGCUUCCCUCCUAGACGUGAUCCUUGCCUGCGGAUCCUCCCCUCCCAAGCAAGUCUUGCUAGCAUCCGACUUGUGGCCAUUGAAUCACAGCUGAGACGGCGCCUUUCUCCUCUCCUGCAGGUAUGAAGACCCUCCACAAAAAGGCAGCUACAGGGCAGCAUGCCAGGGCAACUGUAGGUCACCACACAGGAUCUGCAAAUAUGAGGAAGAAAAAGACCUUCCAGAAGAAGCAGAGGGGCCGACCUUCCUCCCAACCCCGCAGGAACAUCGUGGGCUGCAGAAUUUCACAUGGAUGGAAGGAAGGGGAUGAGCCCAUCACCCAGUGGAAAGGAACCGUUCUGGAUCAGGUGCCUAUAAAUCCCUCUCUUUAUCUGGUGAAAUAUGAUGGAAUUGACUGUGUCUAUGGACUGGAACUUCACAGAGACGAAAGGAUUUUAAAACUUAAAAUCCUUCCUGAUAAGGUGCCAUUUUCUCGAGUCAGAGAUGUGCAACUUGCAAACACCAUAAUUGGCAAAGCAGUGGAACAUAUGUUUGAGGGUGAGCAUGGUUCUAAGGAUGAAUGGAGGGGGAUGGUUUUAGCCCAAGCUCCUAUCAUGAAAGCCUGGUUUUAUAUUACCUAUGAGAAAGAUCCUGUCUUGUACAUGUACCAGCUUUUAGACGAUUAUAAAGAAGGUGAUCUCCGUAUCAUGCCAGAGUCCAAUGAGUCUCCUCCAGCAGAGAGGGAGCCAGAAGGAGUUGUAGAUGGCCUGAUAGGUAAACAUGUGGAAUAUACCAAAGAAGAUGGCUCCAAAAGGACAGGCAAGGUCAUUCAUCAAGUUAAAGCCAAACCCUCUGUGUAUUUCAUCAAGUUUGAUGAUGACUUUCAUAUCUAUGUCUAUGAUUUGGUGAAAAAGUCCUAACUGUUAAGGUAAAAUUUGCCACGUUUGUGGAAACAUGUAUAAUUUGUAGACAUGCAAAAAAUGUUGCCUUUUAGUGUAGUGAAAGCUUGAGGGUCCCUGUUAAUUUUACAUCUUUGCCAGCAUAACUUGUUUUGUUCUUAAAAAUACAAAUUUAUGUGGACAUGACAUGCCUUGUGUAAGGAAUUUGUCUUCUUGAAAAGGUUGGGUGUGUUUGGUGGAGGGGCAUGAAAGGAAGGAACGCCAGUACAUUCAGGCUGUGAAUAAAGUUAAGCUAGUUUCAUAAUCAGUCAUCUAAAAAUGGAAUAGGACUUAGAUAUCCUGGUCUAGAGAGGGAGAGGGAAAGGAACUAGAGAUGGGCUGUCAGGGAGAGAGAGGAAGAGAUGAUUGCUUAGGAAGAGGUGGAGAGAGGCCAGAAAUGAAGAGGCUUCCUGGAGAAAGGGAAGACCUAGUGAGGGGGAAAUAUCCAGCUGGGAAGGGGGUGAAGAAUGGCAGAGGGAGAGUGAGAUCUUGGGACUAUGAGGAAAACAGAAAAUGAGUAGAGAGGGUCACAAAAAAGUGUGGAAGUGUUCAGAACAAGGAAGAGAGAGACCAAGUUGGCAGGUAGUUUCUUAGAUUGGGAGAGUCUAAAGAAUGCACAAAGGAGGGUCUGUCAUUGCAUGGAUGGGAGGCCACAAUGGGAGGGACACUUGAGGGAGAAGGAAUGCUAGGAAGAAAGACUGACAGAAGAAGUGAGAACACAGGAGAAGGGGUUUGGGGGGGAUGGUUUAUGGGGUAUAAAGUAUGGGAAGUUCCAGGAAGAAGUUUGAAUUCCGGCAGCAUCCACAACGCCCUUCCUGGCUCUGCACAAAGACAGGGACAGUUGACAAAGAAGCCAGCUGGAUUGGAGGUUCCCUAGAAGGGCAUUUUGAAAAGGAUGGGUCACACAAGUUAAGCAGGAGCAAAGUUCAUA